GGACGCGGAUGACUGUGCUGAACGGAGCAGGCUCAACAGCCGGGCUCUAGAUUUACCUCCGGCCUGACGGCAACCCAGCGGUUAAAAGUGGAGCUUUCUUCUUUCUUCCCAAGAAGAAAGAGCGACAAUCACUUUAACGAGAAAUUUGCUAGCCAACAGCGACGUAACGAUCCGUAUCGCGAGAAAAGCCGAGAACAUGGAAACAAGACAACAAAAAUAAAUUUGUGGACGACAAGCCAGAGAGCAUGAUGGCGGCGUCGCUGCUGCGCCGGGACAAGAAAGCCACUGCCGCCCACUUGAAGGCAGACUUGACCCGGACUGACAAUAGCUCCGGGCUGCGGCAGCUCCAGGAGCUGCUCGACGCGGUGCUCGAUCCCGAAAAGCCAGCGGGGGACACUGAGGCGCUGGACUGGUGUAAAUGUCUGAUUGCAGGAGGCGAAGGUUUCGAGGAGUUCUGCAAAACAGUCCGGUCCUAUGACAACGCCACUCUGUGCGGCUUGGUGUGGACGGCGAAUUUCGUGGCGUACCGAUGCCGGACCUGUGGCAUCUCGCCGUGCAUGUCGCUGUGCGCGGAGUGCUUCAAUAACGGGGACCACACGGGCCACGAUUUCAACAUGUUCCGGAGCCAGGCUGGCGGGGCCUGUGACUGUGGAGACAGUAAUGUCAUGCGAGAGAGUGGGUUUUGCAGACGGCAUCGGUUGAGAACUGGAGAAAAUGUACCGUCAAUACCUCGAGACCUUCUCUUGAUGUCUGAGAUGGUUCUUCCUCGCUUCAUCCUGUAUAUCAUACAGUAUCUUAGAGACGGAUAUGUUGAACCAGACACCUCAACGGAGAGAGACCUUCAGAAAGUUCUCCAGCAGCUGGAGCCUCAGAUCUCCUUCCUGGAAGAACUUACGAAAAUGGGCGGAGCCAUGAGGACUGUACUGACAAAGAUCUUGACCAAUCAGCAAACAUUCACUGAGUUGAGCAUGGGCCAAGAAGGUAAUUUGUAUGCGAAAAAGAACUAUGACAAGUAUUUGUCAGCGCUGAAGAACUCGUUUCUGGUGUCUGUGGAGGAGAAAGCUCAAAGCGCCACGGCCGACGUCCCUGUUGGCGCUGAGGGAGGUGCAGGAGCAAUGGCCCUGCUGGGAACUACUGGACCAGGGAGCCCAGAUGAGUCUAAUAAAGAGGAGGAUCAAGAUGGAGGACAGUCAGUCGGUCAGAGGAAGAGGGUGAAGCUGAGCAGCAGUACCAGAGACCCGCGCAUUAUUGAAUCUCUGAAGCAUAAAUACUUCCUUGAAGAGUUGCUGUUUUGGACGAUAAAAUACGAGUUUCCUCAGAAGAUGGUCACCUUCCUGCUAAACAUGUUGCCAGAUCAAGAUUACAAGAUCACAUUCACGAAAACUUUUGUUCAGCAUUAUGCCUUCAUCAUGAAAACGCUGAUGAAAAGCCACGAGUCGGACACCAUGUCCAACCGCAUUGUACACAUCAGCGUCCAGCUGUUCAGCAACGAGGAGCUGGCCCGGCACGUGACGGAGGAGUGCGGCCUGCUGGAGGUCAUGGUCACGGUGCUGCUCUACAUGAUGGAGAGUUGCCUUAUUAAAAGUGAACUGCAGGAUGAGGAGAACAGUCGCCAUGUGGUCGUGAACUGCAGUGAAGCUCUGUUGAAGAACAACACCUACUGGCCCCUGGUUAGCGAUUUUAUCAACAUCCUCUCACACCAAAGUGUAGCCAAACGAUUCCUGGAAGACAAAUCAUUGUUGAUGCUGUGGAUGAGCUUUGUGUCAUUUUUUCAAGGCAUGAACCUGAAUAAGCGGGAGCUGAACGAACAUGUGGAAUUUGAGUCUCAGACAUACUAUGCAGCCUUCGCAGCGGAACUUGAAGCCUGUGCCCAACCGAUGUGGGGUCUCUUGACGCACUGCAAAGUCAAAGAAACCCAGGAGUACACUAAAACUGUGGUUCGCUACUGCUUGAAGACGUUGCAAAUGUGGUUUGAUACGAUUUGCUUCAUUGACGAGCCUGCCCCAAAUCAAGUGACGUUUCACCUGCCUCUGCACCGUUACUAUGCCAUGUUCCUGAGUAAGGCUGUUAAAUGUCAAGGUCUAGAUCUGGACAGCCUCCUCCCUGACCAAGAGAUGCUGAUGAAGAUCAUGGUGCACCCACUCCAAAUCCAGGCGUGCCUGUCAGAGAUCCACAGCAACAUGUGGGUCAGAAAUGGUCUCCAGAUUAAAGGACAGGCGAUGACCUAUGUGCAGUCACACUUCUGCAACUCCAUGAUUGAUCCAGACAUCUACCUGCUGCAGGUUUGUGCAUCAAGACUGGAUCCCGACUACUUUAUCUCGAGUGUUUUUGAGAGGUUUAAAGUGGUGGACCUGUUGACCAUGGCGUCCCAGCAUCAGAACGCCGUGCUAGAUUCUGAGCAAGAGAGACCAAUGCUGGAGGGAGCUCUGACCUUUCUGGUCAUCCUCACAAGUCUUCGCAUUCACUUGGGGAUGACCGACGACGAGAUCCUUCGGGCUGAGAUGGUCUCUCAGCUGUGUAUGAAUGACCGGACACACAGUGCCCUGCUUGACCUGAUUCCUGAGAAUCCCAACCCAAAGAGCGGCAUAGUUCCAGGAAGCUGUAGUUUUGAGGAUAUGCUCUCGGCUGUGGCUGACUUCAAGGCUCCAGUGUUCGAGCCUGGAGGCUCCAUGCAGCAGGGCAUGUACACACCGAAAGCUGAAGUGUGGGAGAAGGAGUUUGACCCCAUCAUGGUCGUUCUCAGAACAGUCUAUCGCCGUGAUGUCCAGUCAGCAAUGGACAGAUACUCAGCUUUUCUGAAGCAGUUUGGCAUUCACACUGGCAACCCAUGGCCGCCCUACAAGGAGAGGACUCAAUUGCACCCUUGUUAUAAAGGUCUGAUUAGACUGCUGCACUGCAAGACGCUGCACAUUGUGAUAUUCACGCUGCUAUAUAAGAUCUGGAUGGAUCACCAGAACAUGUCUGAACACGUGCUCUGCAUGGUGCUGUACCUCAUCGAGCUGGGACUGGACAACCAGGUGCAAGACAGCAAGGAGGAUGAGGAGCCUUGUAUCGAAGAGCACUGUCACGACAGCUGGUUCCCAGGCACCAAUCUUCUCUCCAAUCUGCACCACGUCAUCAACUUCGUGAGGGUGCGUGUUCCCGAGACGGCUCCAGAGGUGAAGAGAGAAGCCCCUCCCAGCACCAGCACUGAAGCUUCUGCUUACGGCCAGAACCUCCGUGAAGCUCAGGUCUUCAGCCUCGUUGCAGAGCGCAGGAGGAAGUUCCAGGAGAUCAUCAACCGCAGCAGCAGCGAGGCCGCCCAGGUCGUCCGGCCCAAGAGCUCCUCGACCCGCUGGGUCCCGCCUGGCACGCCGCCGCAGCUGGUCACCGAGAUCCUGGAAAUCCGAGAGAGCAUGCUGUCGCUGCUCAUCAAGCUGCACCAGAAGCUGUCGUCCAAGCAGAACUCUCUGUCCGCCUCCUGGCUGGAGGACAUGGAUACGAGCCGCCACGCGCACGGCGACGGCAUCACGGCCAUCGAGCGCAUCCUCACCAAGGCGGCGGCGCGCAGCUGCCAGAUCAAGCGCAGCAUCCAGGACAUCUGUGGAAAGGUGUGUCCUCCAGUGCCACCAAAGAAAAACAGCCCCACUGACAAGAAAGCCAUGGAUAAAGAAGAGAGACGUCAGAGGGCUCGAGAGAGGCAGCAGAAACUGCUCGCUGAAUUUGCCUCCAGGCAGAAAAGUUUCAUGGAAACAGCCAUGGAUGUUGAAUCCCCCGAGACGGACGCAGCCAUGGACCUGGGAGCGUCUGAAGUGAUGGAGUCCGAGGUUCUCUAUGACUGUGUGAUCUGCGGCCAGAGCGGACCCUCCACCGAGGACCGGCCCACGGGUCUGGUGGUCCUCCUCCAGGCAUCCUCAGUGCUCGGCCACCGCUGCAAAGGGAAAGACCCCAAAAACCUGCCAACCAGCGACGAGGAGCACAUCUACUCUGCCGACACGUGUGGCGUGGCUCACGACGUGCGGCUCACGCUCAUGCAGCGCUUCUUCAAAGAUAGUUCCUGUCUGCAGUCGGUGUCAAUAGGUUGGGACGGGGGCGUCUACGUCCAGACCUGCGGACACACUCUGCAUAUAGAUUGCCACAAGUCAUACAUGGAGUCUCUGAGGAACGACCAGGUGCUCCAGGGCUUCUCCGUUGACAAGGGGGAAUUCACGUGCCCGCUGUGCAGACAGUUUGCCAACAGUGUCCUCCCUUGUCGUCCGGGGCGUGGCACGGAGGCUGGCGCCUGGCACAGCCCCACAAACAAGAAGACAUGCGUCCUCGUGAAGGAGGUGGAGGAUCUCCAGGAGAAGCUCGGCCUUUUCCCGACGGAGUCCAACCUGAGUAAAGAGAUGGAGCUGGUCAUCAAAGACAUUAAGAACACCACUCAGAAGAAAUACAUGGACUACGGCAAGAACCCUGGCUCUCCCGACAAUGAUUUCCUCUUCAUGUAUUCAGUAGCAAGAACCAACCUGGAGUUGGAGCUGGUGCACCGAGGAGGAAACCUGUGCUCCGGAGGGGCCAGUGCAGCUGCCAAACGCUCAUGUCUGAAUCAGCUGUUCCACGUGUUGGCCAUGCACAUGCGUCUCUACAGCAUCGACUCAGCCUACAACCCCUGGACGAAAUUGACUCAGGUUACACAAAAUAAAGAUGCAGACGUCUUUGAUGGCGAAAGACCUGAAGUCCCCAUGCUGUAUCGAGACGUCCCCUCCCUCCUGAUCAUCUUCGUGCUAACCAUGCCACAGCCUCUGCGGAAAGAGCACUUUACCUGCGUGGUGAAGAUGCUGUUCAACCUGCAGUUCAUUCAGGCCGUGGCCGCGCUGUCGACCAGGCUGAGCUCGGAGGAGCGGCAGGCCUGGAGCGCUUCAGGAGCACUCAAGAAGAGCGCCGCCAACUCAGAGAAGUCGUUCGAGGCGCUGCUCUAUCACGUCAUCAGCGAGCUCUCCAAGGACACGUGCGUCUACAAAGUGAACGAAGAAGAAACAACAAUGCUGAGCUCCAGUGUGUGGUCCCCGCAGUCUAUCGAGUUCAGCCUCCAGCAGUUCUGCCUGCCCUUCCUCCGCCUGUCCUGCCUCUUGCAGCACCACCUCUACGGAGACGGCCUCACCGGCUGCCUGGAGGAAGAGGAGUUCUCGUCGCUGGCCGUGUGUCUGGGGCUCCUGCCCUCGGCGCCUCAGCCCGCCAGCGCCGUGCACAGCGCCUCGUGUCUGGAGUGGCCCGUCGACGCCUUCGACCUGGUGUCGCAGUGGUGCGCAGAGGUCACCGGGCUGUCUCUGAUCCACGCCGAGCAGUCGCUGACCCUGCUGGUCAAAGACCCUCAGUGGGCAGCCCCCCACCUGCUCCAGCUGCCCGACAACUACAACAUCAUCUUCCAGUACUACCACAGAAAGGCCUGCACCGGCUGCAAGAAGGUGCCAAAAGACCCCGCGCUCUGCCUGGUGUGCGGCGCCUUCGUCUGCCUCAAAGGCGUCUGCUGCAAGCAGCAGGGGGUCUGCGAAUGCGUUUUGCACUCCCAACACUGCGGCGCCGCCACCGGCAUCUUUCUCCUGAUCAACGCCUCCGUCAUCAUCAUCAUCCGAGGACAUCGCUUCUGCCUGUGGGGCUCGGUUUACCUGGACGCUCACGGGGAGGAGGACCGAGAUUUACGUCGUGGAAAACCUCUCUUCCUCUGCGAAGAGCGGUAUCGAGUGCUGGAGCAGCAGUGGGUCUCUCACACCUUCGAUCACAUCAAUAAGCGUUGGGGGCCGCACUACAACGGACUCUGAGAUCUUCCAAGUCCACCGAGAAAACCACGGCCCAAGAUGGAGAAGGAGGCUUUUUCUUUUCUUUUUUUUUUUUUUCUGGUUUCUGUGUCUGCCUUGGUCAGAGAUAUUUGGGGAAAAUCUUCAACGUGAUAAACACAAACAUCCAUCGAGGGGUAUCGCUGCCACAGCUCUGGUUCAUGUGAAGUUUGUUGUACAGUCAUGCCUAAAGAUUAACACGUGUGUGUGUGUGUGUUCAAGUGAUUUCUUGUGUGGUUUUCAACAAAGGAAAAAAAAAAGAACGAAUUUGGUCAGAUCAAAGUGAAAAAGCACAACUUCACAGAGAAAUUGGAUUGGUUUUCAACCGGCUUUUAAAGCCCCUCCUUAUUUAUUUGGGUUGAAACAUAGAUAUAUAUCUAUUAUAUAAAGUGCUGGAUUUCCCUGCAAGGUUUUAUUACGUUUUUUUUUUUUUUUUUUGCACCAUUGAUGACGAUGUUCCUGCAUAUCCCGUUUGAUUUAUCAAAACGUGCUCUGCUGUGCUGGCAUGAGUUUGGAAGCUCCUGACGAGUGUGGCGAUGUUAUUGCAAUGUGCACUCAUGGUGUGCGUGUGUGUGUGUGUGUGUGUGCGUGUGUGUGUGCGCGUGCGUGUGUGCCGACACGUGACGAUAGGCCGGACAAGUCCACCCAUCAAUACGACGAGAGUUAUUUUGCAGACAAAGCAAAGGCUCUUUUUCUGGGUCUAGUUGCAAUCCAUCCUCAGGAAUUUUUUUUCUUCUUUGUUUUUUUUUUUUUUUUUUUGUUUUUUUGCUGUUUUGAGAUACGUUAUAGAUAUUUAAAUAAAAUUGCUGCUGCUCACUGUUCAAGUAAAUAAUUUUAACUUUUGUGAAGUUUUUCUUUUUUCUUUCCUUUUUUUUUUUUUUCUAAGGUUGUGCUUUGACUUUUGCGUAGAUGGCUGGGAAUGUCGACUGAAACUCAGUUUAAGAAGGUAUGCGGUCAUCACGCCCCCCCCCCCCCACUGUCUCACUUCUGGCCGGGGAAGAAACUCAAAACGCUAACUUUUUAGUCACACUCUUUACGAUUUACCGUCCUCGCUGCGCCAAAAUCCUGAAAUCAAACAUUUUUUAAGGCAGCGCGGCGGCGAGGAGUCCUGCUGCAUUGGCAGAAACGGAACUCCACGCCACAGCAGAACUGCUGCAUCACUCCUGUCAGAGUUACUCUCCCAAGAUAUGAAACUCAGUGAAAUUAAAGUUGCUUGUGAGAAGAAAUGCCAGCAAUAAACAUUGAUCUUUCUGGUUUUACCCCCCCAUGCUUUUGAUCGUCAAGUCAUAACUGCAGUGGAGAACAUUUAUUAUGAUGACUAACUCUUGCUCGUGCAUCAUCUAGUUGUGUUUUAUAGUUGCAUUCCAGCAUUGCAGGAUUAUCAGACUUGAGUAUCUGUUACACACUGUGCAUGACAUCCUUCUAGCCAUCAUUACUUGUAAGUGUCUUAGCUUCUUAAUUUUCACAUUAUCAUCUUUUUUUUUUUUUUUUCUGGAACAGAAAAUCUUAUCCAGUUGUGCCUGUGAGGUUUGUUUGCAGUGAUUAACUGCUCUGAGCUGAUAUUCAUGAGUUUUUUUUUUUUUUUUAAUGCUGGGCCACAUCGUGCUGCACCGAGAAAUUGUCAACGGAUAUUUCAACACUUGAAACAUCUCUCUUGAAUUCAUGCAUGCUGCUUUUCUCUUUUACCGAGACCCCCCUCCCCCCCGCCCCUCCUUUUUAUUUUGCAGUACCCACUUUGUAAAAAAA